AUGGGAAGUGGAAGCCCAGAGAUGGGAAUGUAUUUGUCCAAGGACACACAGCAAAUGAAUGAAUACAGGGUGUUUCCUCCGCACACACUGCAGGGCACAAAGCACCCGAUUCCUUUAUUUGUAUCUCUGAUCAUUUCUUUCAUACAAAUGAUCUCAUUUGAUCCUUCAUAACUUCUGGUGAAGUAGUGGGCAGUCAUUUCCCCAUCUUACAGAUAAAGAUAUCGAGGAAUGGACUAUCCAGGUGACUUGUCCAAGGUAAAGGCAAGAACCUAGAAUGCCCCAUUCCUGGUCCAGCACUCUUUUAGCGCCAUCCAUUGUCAUAUGCAGGUUCUAGAAUGAACAGGUCAAUCCUGUGAGGUGGGUUCCAGGUGUAAAAGGGAAGGACUAUGAGGUGACAUUCUAGAAGGGUGGAGAAGGUAGGACAGGAGGCAGAUGACUGUUUCCUCACAAAUAGGGGCUUUGGGGCAGCCAUGUCCUAUUUCAUGUCUCCACAGACUCAGCCAGGUCUUCCGUCUUCUGGCCAAGGUGGGGCCGCUUCUCCGGGCUCAUCUCUUGGCCUCUAUAGUCCUAUAGAGCCAGGGGUGGUGGCCUCUGGCGGACAAGGCCCACUGAGCCAGAAAGCUGAGCAGGUGACACCUGUUGCCCAGGCCUGGGGCCCGGCCCCUGGGGGCGCUGGCUGGGAGCCACCGAGGCAGGAGUACAACUGGUACUGCCACAAAUUCCCUGCCGCGAGGCAGCCGGAGAGCCUGGGCCGGGAGGAUGGCUACUCCAGAAGCAGAGCCCCCCAGCUGGGCGGCCCCAGCAGGCCCGCGCCCCUGCUGCUGUGUGGGCCAUCACCUGGGGCUCCGCCGAUGCCCGUCGAAGCAGGGGGGAAGGAGGCCAGCUCCCAGCCCAACAUCUGCAUCCUGACCUUGGCCAUGAUGAUCGCUGGCAUCCCCACCGUGCCCGUCCCAGGCCUGCGGGAGGAGGACCUGAUUCGGGCGGCUCAAGCUUUCAUGAUGGCCCAUCCGGAGCCGGAGGGGGCUGUGGAGAGGGCCCAGUGGGCGCAGGCGCAGGCCCACAAAGCCUCUGGGCCAAUGGCCUUAGCAAGAUCCCGGAGGGGCCAGCCUCCUGGCUCCUACUUGUAGCUGGAUGAAAUAGCACCAGACUCAUAGGGUGGCUUCUCCGUAUGGUUUUUGGGCAGGCAGGGUUGGUGGUGCCUAUGGCAGGGACUGGAAUAAGGUAGUGGUCUGAGCCACUCUGACAAACACCGGCCCAUUCAGGGCCCAGACCCCAGGAAGUUCCCAGAAACCAUUAAGCUGGGAGAUGGGUCUUUGGUCAGAGUAGUGACAAUGAGAAUUACCGAGGUAGGCGGCCCUGCCUGGAGAGUGGAGGCUUCUUUCGUGCCGUCCUGGCACUCCCAUCAGAAUUCUUGCACAAAGCCCUAGGCAACGUGCACUUUUCUCCUGCCUUUUGUCUCUCUCUGCUGAGGGCAGGUGAUGAGACCACAGACAAGGAAGGAACACUAACGCUUAUUAACACUAACUCUGAGCACCCACUGGGCGUCAGCCCAUCACAUGCCCAGUCUCCUCUCAUCCUAUCAGUGCUCCGGGAAAGCUCCAUUUUUAUAGGUGAAUGAAUUGAGGCUUGCCUCAAGUCCCAGAGCAAGUAAAAGGCAG